UCUCAAUAGAUGGGGUCACAAAAAAUAUGUUUUCUGUGGACUGAAAAACUUAAAUAUUUAAUAUAUUUUAUUAAAAUUUAGCAAAUAAUGAACACAAAUCAACAACAAUCUAUGAUAUUGAUCUGUGUAUCUGAAUUUUAAAUUUUUGUAGACUGGUUUAAAACUCGAGCAUGCGCAUAAGCAAACAACAAUUAAAAUGUAAAAUAAUACACACUUGUUAUUUAUAUUUUUAUAAUAUAAUUAUAAUGAGAAAUUAUAAAAAAUUAUUAUUUGAAGAUUACAAUAUACCUUGUAAAGAUUUAGCUACACAUCUUUUAGGAAAAAUAAUUGUCAAAAAACAAGACAAUAUUGUUAUAAAAGGAAGAAUUGUGGAAACAGAAUGUUAUUUAGGUGGAAAUGACAAAGCAUCAAAUACAUACAACAACAAGCGAACACCUGCUAACGAGCCAAUGUAUAUGAAAGCAGGAACAUGUUUUGUAUAUAUGACUUAUGGAAUGUAUCAUUGUAUCAAUAUAUCAAGCAAAGAACCGGGUGCUGCUGUUUUGUUACGAGCUUUAGAACCAAUUACUGGCAUUGAAGAAAUGAAAAAGUUUCGUUCUGUUAAGAAAAAGGGUAACAUAAACACUGAAGAUUUAUGUAGUGGCCCCUCAAAAUUAUGUAUGUCUUUGAAUAUUACCAAAGCAAACACAAAUAAGGUGGACUUGGCAGAUAAUGAGGUAUUGUGGAUUGAGGAUCCAGAUAAAAUGGAUGAGUUUAAGGUUGUUUCCACCUCUCGUAUUGGUAUUGCUUCAGCUGGGGAAGAAUGGGCUAAAAAGGAACUACGAUUUUAUAUUCUAGGAAAUCCUUGUGUUAGCAAAAGAGAUAAAAAAGCAGAAAGUAAUUUUGAAGUAUAGCAAUGUAAUUUCUAUUUUCAGUAAUUGACCACAAAUGAAAUUAUUUACAUAUAAUAUUGUCUAAUAAAAAAGAGACUAUUAAUUAA